AUGUCUAGUUUUUGGAAUGGUGUGACUUCUUUCUUAACUAUUUUUGCUCCUUUGGUGAAGGUGCUUCGCAUAGCGGAUGCUGAUAAGAAGCCGUCGAUGGGAUUUUUGUAUGGGGAGCUUAUGCAUGCCAAAGAGGAUAUAAAAAGUGUCUUGAACAAUCUUGCCAAGAACUAUGAUCCCAUCUUAGAAAUCAUUGACACGAAGAUGAUGGGUAGAUUGGACACCCCAUUGCACUUGAUGGCAUAUCUACUAAAUCCUUAUUAUCAUUAUAAGGACCCGAAUCUCGUACUAGAUCAAGUUGUUUCGGAUGGAGUUUUUGAUUGUCUUGAUGUCAUUUGUCAUGGUAACUUUGAUUUGAUGGAUAAAAUCAUGAACGUCGAGUUGCCCAUUUAUAAGACAAAGGGAGGAGUCUUUGGAAAGCCAAUUGCCGCAAAAGGUUGUGAAGUAAACGACGAUAAGUUUGAUCCGGUCUAUGUCCAAUUCAAUUCUCGUUUAUUGAACAAGCGCAAAUGGAGGAAAGAAAAGGAUGUGUUACUUGCUAGUGAGGCAAGUAAAGCUCAAGAGUGGAUUAUUCAGGGAUUAGUAGACGAGGAAGAUGAGGACGUUAAUGGACUUGAAGUUGAGGAUGGCACAUCAAGAGUGAGAGAGCUUGAAGAAGAAGAUUUUGAAUCCGAGGAAGAGGAACAAGUUAAUGAGAAUGACAUUGACUUUGAGUCGGAUGAAGAGCGUGUAUUGGAGAAUUAUGGAGAAGAAUAA